GAAUUAUUGAAGAGACUGGAGGCUGAACGAACGGCUUACCUCACGACGUUGCAGUUGGUACAAGAUGCUCUUGCCCAGUCGGUACCACUGCCGAUUUCUGGUAAUGGGGGUGCAGCUGGUGCGCAUCCCCUGAUUGCGAAUCUACCAGCCCGAACGACGACGACGACGACAGAUAGUCUUCAUAGUUCCAUGACGGAAAUCUCGUCGCCGACGAGAUCGAGUCGUCCGAGCCAGUUGAAACGGAGAAGUACUCCUUCCCCCCAAGAAGCAUAUGAUACGGACCUCGACGCGCCGUUGCGAACUGGGAAUACCCUCACGGGCGGGAAAUCUCUCAAAUCCUCCUUUGUGUCCUCGGGUCACUCGGAUGCGUCGGAUGAUGAUGAAUCACUCUAUGUCCAAGAUCUCCUUGCCGAGACGUCGUUCUCGGAUGAGGAUCUUAAGAAUCACUUGAGGGCGUAUGAGUGGGAUGAGUGGUCUUUUGCUAUCCUCAAAAGUCUGUUUACGAGGACUGGAAGGGUCAAGUAUCCUAAUCUUUGGAAUGAGGGGAAGGAGGGGAGGGGGGAGGAGGGGGCCAGGUAUAGUCUUUAUCAGGUCUUUGAGGUGGGGGUUGAUGGGACGCCUUUGCCGUUGCAUUCUGCGGCCAAGGCGGUGGAGGGGAAGGGGAAGGAUGAGGUGUUUUGGGGGUUGGUUAGGGUACUUUUUUUCUUUUUGUUUUGCUUCUGAUUGGGGGUGUCUGGAGCUGAGGGUCGUUUAGGGAGGCUGAGAUGUUUUCAUUUUUGCUAAUGAGUUGACUUGUAGGAUAUCAAUACGAAUAGUGAGAGAUUGAGACAGGCGGUGGGGAGAAUCACGUAAGUAUAUCUCUCAUUAUUUCUCGGGCUCAUUCUGAGAAGGGUUUCAAAGGAGAUAUUGGAGAAAAGGGGGUGAGAAUGCUAAUGUGGAAUAGGAUUUUGAGAGAACCCUCGUCGAUUGCUUUUGCGGCUAUCCAUUUGACUAUGAAUCAUCUUUUUGAUAUGGAUCAUAUCUAUAAACUCUUUGUUGAGCAGGGUACUACUGCUGUAUGUUGUCCUUUCUCAUUUCACAUUUGACACCUUACCAUUGCUCUUUAUUUUUGAGGGUUUGGGCUGGAAGUGAGAAAUUUAGAGGUGCUACAGGAUCUAGAAAUCUGCUCUCGUUUGUCCUUUACCCACUUGAUGCUUUCCACAAGAGCAAGCAGAGAGCAUUCCCACAUGUAUUUAAUUUUCUGGAGCUGCAACUUUCUCAUCAUCUCAUCUCUUUCUCUUCCACAAUUGAGUCUAACACUUUCACAGGCUCACAUGAAAGGCGCAUUCCACUCCGACCCCCGCAAGCAAAAAUCCUUCGUGUUCUCAUUCGAGUACUACACUCUGAUCGGAGACGACUGCCAUCCCAUGUCAUGGCAACAAUCCGACCGAGCUCGUUCCAUUCCAGAUGGCCACAUCCCCAUUUCAAGAUGCAGUUCGAUCGUUGCACUCUCUUUGGUGGGUGAACCCAUCAAGAAGUUAAAGAAUAGCGCAAGGAGAGCGAAGACUCAGUUUGGUUAUGUUUAUAGUCCGUGGAGUCCUUGGCAUGUGUUGAAUAUUGAGUGUUAUCCUGAUUGGAAGAGUAACACGUGAGUUUUGAGUUUCUUUGCGUUUUUUAUGGUAUCUAGGCUAGAUAUCCAGUAGUGAGUGGGGGGUUUGAAGGUGAUUGUAGUAGUGAAACUUUGGAAUUUGAGUGCUGAUUUGAGUGGAAUUCAGUGGAAGUCAUGACAGCACGAAACAUUACGUCAAUGGACCAGAAGCAUUUCUCAAUACGGUUCUCAUCGAAUACCGAGAUGCCGAGAAGAGAUUCGAUGAAAUCUGUCAGAAAAUUGAGAAACUCGUGACCCCGCCCGUAAGUCACACUUUCUCAACCACUCGACAGCCUAAAAUAUAACCACAACUAACCAAUUCCAAGGCGGAUUUCAUGUUCAACGGUGAGCUUCGCGAUAAACUUCUCUUCGAAGACGCAGCAUUCACCUACUCCCGCCGCUACUUCUGGGCUUUCCAAACGCUAGGCACCAUGAACCAAUCCAUCAAAGCAAUGAUAGAUGCCUACACGGAGACUUUCACAGACCCCGUUUGGGCGGGUGCUCAUUCUACUCUCUGGCCUCUCUCUCCCGAGUCUUCGGCAAGAGAUACAUAUUUCAAAAAGCGACUAGCAAGUCUGAAAAAAGACUUUGAUCACGAAAUUAAUAAGUUGAAUGUCUUACUUGAGGAAAAUAACACGAGGAGGAAGGAGAUUAGGGAUUUGAGAGACAAUUUGUUUUCUGGAACGAGUGUGCUGGAGAGUCGAAAGAGUGUGGAGCAGACUGAGAUCACGGUCCAACAGGGGCAGAAUAUUAAGUUGCUUACGUUGGUAAAUAUUUUCUUCUUACCUCUGACGUUCGUCACUUCGGUUUUUGGUAUGACGAAUAUGCCUACCGAUGCAGGAUUCUGGCGUUUUGGCUUGACAUUGGCGGUCGUUUGUGUGCCCUUCUUCUUCCUGAUUGGAAGUAUGAAUACCAACAGGGGAAUGCGAUUCUGGCGAGAAAACGUUGGGAAAUUCGGGCGAUGGAUUGGGGGACGGGGAGAUGAGGAGGUUACAGAGGAUACGGAUAGUGAGGAUGAAGACGAUGAUGGGAAGAAUCAGGGUGUGUCAAGUGGAUCGCAGACCAAGCAUCCAAAGGGUAUCCAGAAAACGAAGAGGAGUCUGAGUGCAGUGGAAGGCAUCAAACAGAGAACCGGACAAUUCGUUACCAGUCCUCCUGUGGUAGAUGGUUCCACCCCGACAAGCCAAAGAAAACGAACAAGAACUAUCUCCUUUGGAAACGAGAUUGAAACCACGGCGGCCAACACGAAUACGGCAAAUUUCGUGAAGCCGGCUUUGCAGAGGAGGAAGACGGUCGAUGAGAUCCAAGCGGAGAUUCGGAAGGGGGAAGCUGGUCUGGGGGCACAGAAGAAUGAAAAGUCGGAGAGUUCGGUUGUGAUGACAACUGAACAGCGUGAGAGGGAAAGGGAAAAAGGAAGGGAUAUGGGAUUCUGGGGUAGGUUUAGGAGGAAAAAAGGGGCGAGGAGGGUUUCGAAUGUGUGAUUUGAUCACGAAUCAGAACCCGAUAGCAAAUACGAAAUGAGGUUUGUUAACUAACAGUCUAAUGUUUGCAUCCCUGUUCCUGAAUCCAAUCCAUAAGCAAUACGCAAUAAAUAAAACCUUCAAGCUCCUCGCCAAGUACGC